CAGUGGCAAGAUGGCGUCCCUGGAUCGGGUGAAGGUGCUGGUGUUGGGAGACUCAGGUGUUGGGAAAUCUUCCCUAGUUCAUCUCCUGUGCCAAAAUCAAGUGCUGGGAAAUCCGUCAUGGACUGUGGGCUGCUCAGUAGAUGUCAGGGUUCAUGACUACAAAGAAGGAACCCCAGAAGAGAAGACCUACUAUAUAGAAUUUUGGGAUGUUGGAGGCUCUGUGGGCAGUGCCAGCAGUGUGAAAAGCACAAGAGCAGUAUUCUACAACUCUGUAAAUGGUAUUAUUUUAGUCCAUGACUUAACAAAUAAGAAGUCAUCCCAAAACUUGUAUCGUUGGUCAUUGGAAGCUCUCAACAGGGAUUUGGUGCCAACUGGAGUCUUGGUAACAAAUGGGGAUUAUGACCGGGAACAGUUUGCUGAUAACCAAAUCCCACUGUUGGUAAUAGGGACUAAACUGGAUCAGAUUCAUGAAACCAAGCGGCAUGAAGUUUUAACUAGGACUGCUUUCCUGGCUGAGGAUUUCAAUGCAGAAGAGAUUAAUUUGGAUUGCACAAAUCCACGGUACUUAGCUGCAGGUUCUUCCAAUGCUGUCAAGCUCAGUAGGUUUUUUGAUAAGGUCAUAGAGAAGAGAUACUUUUUAAGAGAUGGUAAUCAGAUUCCAGGCUUUCCUGAUCGAAAAAGGUUUGCGGGAGGAACAUUAAAGAGCUUACAUUAUGACUGAAUUACACUCAUUCUUUGAAGAGUAAGCAAGCAGUGGCAGUUUUUCACAGCUUUCUUCUUGCUGUGUCAAUUAUUAAUGUCUCAGGCUUUUAACGAAAUCAUCUUAAAAUGCCACCCUUCAGCCUUACCCUUUAAUGGAAAACUGAAAGGAAGUAACAGCGUGGGAAGUCCAAACUUUGUCCCCAUUCUCUCUGUUCCUCACCUUUCUGUCCCUGUUUAUAGAUUAUAUAAAAGCCUUGUGGAAAUACGAGAUGUCAAAAUGAUGCAGUAAAUGAGCAGCGACAGAAUGCUGCAGAGAAAAUUUACUCUUGCCCAGAACUGGAGGGUUUUUAUGGGUCUGUAAUUUUCCCACACUCCUUGCUGAAGGCUUAAUUAAGUACUUCAAAAAUGUAUCUCUAUUGUUUUACCUUCUGAGGGGAAAGGUUAUGUUAACCAGCCCUGAGUUGUCCACCCCAAACACUCUCUGUCAUUUUCAAAGAAGCAAAAUGGUGUUAUUUAACUGCCUC